AAAGUAUGAUCUAUUUUGCCAAAAGGUGCGUAGCCCUCAGACAAAUGGAUUUAAAACAACAAAGAGGAUUGAAACAAAGGGAUUUAAAACAACAAAGAGACAUACACAUACUGUCUAACCUAUGCUUGGCAUCCCCCUCAAAGCUACUAAAAGACAUACCUUAGUGUAGGCGCCUCCUAUUCUCUUGGGGACCACAAGUUACAAUUUGCUUGCUGCAGACCCUGACUUUCCAUCAGUCUAUGUCAGCCUGCAGCAGCUGACAAGUUCCCCUGCCCUCUCUUAGGGCAGAUCUUAGUGCCUUGAAUUCUGAUCUCCACAUUCUCAGCCUUGGCAAACAGCCAUGUAACCAGGAUUGGGACUGAGGAGUCGACUCUUCACAGCUGUUAAUAGGAUGCUCCUUAUCUAGGCCAUUGUGUUACCUUUCCUGCUUGAUUACCCUAACAGCUCCCUGUUGCUCUAACUCCAUAGCAAGCAACUCAUUAUAAACACAGAGAGGCACGACCAAUAUUCAUAAAAAUAAUACAAACGUUUCCUAGUUCUCCUCAGAUAUCUAAACUCUGAACAUCUGAGAACAAAAGAACCUAUAUCAUUCUAUAAUAGCUGCAGAUGCAGGCCCGGGUUAAUCAAUGUGCACUUGGCCACUUACACUGGACCCCCAUCUCAGGUCACCAGUUUUUUGUGGGUGGUGGUGUGACCUGGCAUACAAGGUUGCAACAUUGCUCAGGAUUGGCUUGGCUGCCCCCUCUGUCAUGAGGGGGGCGGCUAGGCCAACUCUGAGUGAAUGGCAUUGCGACCUAGGACAUGGGGUCACAGUACCACUCAGGACAAAUUUGAGAGAAGAUGGGAGGCCCCUAAUUUCCACAAGCAUAGGGCUCCAAAAUUCUUUAAUCUGGCACAGUGCAGUUGCUUACUUGAACCUCACUCAAGUUUAACGUAAUAUGGCAGCUUCUAUGUGUACGAAUAGGCUAGCUAAUCCUGCAAAUAAUUGCUUAAAUAUAAUCCAGUGUAUGCAUAGGACCAUCAAAUAAAUGUGGAGUACAAGGGAAAUAUUACUGUCUAAGAACAAAACAUUUUUAAAAGGACAAUAGUAUUUACUGACAAUUAUAUAUAUUCCUUUAAGGGCAACAGGAGUAGUUCAGUCUCCAGGGCCCCUGCAGCUCUUGGUCUCUAUACUGAGUUUGUUGACUAGAGCAAAGGAAGGUGCUGAGUUUACAAAGUGGGAGCUGGAAUUAAACCGUGGUAAACUCAUCUCAUAUAAGGGCCACCAAACAUCCAUUUGAUAGAAACAACCUUCAGUCCCUACAGUGAAAGGCUGUGUAGUCUAUAUCAAUAUCAUGUGGCCUCCAGUCCUCCAGUAAGUUAAUUUAAGAAGGAAUCCUUAAUGUAGGUUACCUUCAACUCCAAGAGGGGGAAGUCACACACACUUUGCCAAGAGGUUACACACCUGUCACUGUUGAGCCACACUGGUAGGUAGGGAUCCAAAACAGCAAAUAUUCAAUGUCUUUGAAAGAGCUAUUUCCUCAGAAUAUAGGCUAAAAAAAGUCUCUAGCUGUUAAGGUUGGGAAGAAAACCUCAAAAAUAUGAACCUUGAUAGAACUUGUGCAAUAGACCAAUAGUGCUGAGAGGUGUGAACUGCUCCCUUCAUCUCAGUGAAAUGCUAACUCAGAUUUAAAUCAUAAAUGUAAAUGUCACCACUGUUAAAUAUUCAUUCCUCAGCUAAGAAAGGAGAGGGAGGGUCACAGAUCAACACAAGUUACUAUGAGUGAUGUCUCCUUUUAUUGCCAUAACCAGGUAGCUCUUUGACAGAUUUAUUACCCCCCCCCCAGAAGGGGACACUACACACUCAAGGCACCUAGCAAAGCACAAAAACAUCAUUCAAGCCCCCCCCAGAAGGGGGGCUAAGCUCCAGGAAGCCAGUGGAGUCCUAGCAGCUGCCCAGCGAAUGGUAUCUUGAACAUUGCACAAGCCCCUGUGAGAGGUACCUCAUUUUGGCUAUUUGCCGAGGCAGUUUAUUUUAUGGGUGUAGUUUAGCGUGCAUUUCCCUAAUCUGACCCAGUUGGCCGGGCUGGGUGUUCAGGAAGCUAAAGAGGAGAGGCCCUUCACCUGGGAAGUUCAAAUGGAUUCCUUCACCACCACUAGAGCCACACAUUUUAAGAACAAAACCUCAGUUACAUUUCUGAUUACACGCAUAUUAUCGUAUUAAGCAACUUGCAUAUCGUUUCCCUGAUAGCGCUUACGUUGUUCCCCCCCGGAAAAGUGGCAACGCUAAACUGGAUCCCAGGGCUGGAUCCGGGGUGUGGUGGGCAAAGAUGCAGCAGGGUUGGGAGUUCUGGUUUCCGGCGGAGCAGGAGCGGCGGCAUUCUCUACUCAGCCAGCGGACCCGGGGGAAGGAAGGCAGAAGUUGGCUGGAUCCCUGUUUUGAGGCAGGGUUUCCCCUGGUGCAGGCGGGACCCAACAUCAGCAGGAUCCAGGUGGCGGCAGCUUUCCUCUGUUUUGGUUUCCCGGCGGGCGGCAGGCAGCGGCGCCCCGGGCUAGCGCGGAGGGGAGGCCGGAGCGGAGCGCGCCGAGCCCCGUUCACCUGCCGUUCCACGUGGUGCUUGUUGUGGGCGCGACGGGUUCCCCACCUGCGCGGCAGCGGCCGCCGGGCGGAGCCCGCCCCCGUCGCUCGGGGAGAAGUGACAGGCUGGCCGGGGCUCUGAUAGGAGCCGGCCGGAGCAAUUCCCAAGGCAACCCAAGCUCGACCCCCUUCCCAGGCCCCGCCCCUCCCUGGCGGCGGCGGCAGGAACUGGUCGGGGUGUAAAACUCGACGUGUCCGGGAAGGUGCGCGCCGCUUUCCCUUUCCCUUUCGCUCCGCGCCCGCAGGCAGGGGCCGCGCGCUGCCGGCACCAUGCUGGACCCGUCCUCCAGCGAAGAGGAGUCCGACGAGGUGCUGGAAGAGGAGAGGCGGGAGGUGCUGGUGGCGGCGGCGGCGGCCGGGGGCUGCAGCGGCAGCUUGCCGCGAGCCCUGCCGGCUCCCACCCGGGAGCCCCGCGCGAGGGAGCCGGGGCGCCAGGGCAGCGGCCCCGCCAGACCGGCGAGCCCCAGCCCCUCGGUGCUGAGCGAGGGCAGGGAGGAGCAGGAGAGGCUGCAGAAGGAGGAGAGGGAGAAGCGGCUCCGGCUGCAGCUGUAUGUGUUCAUAGUGAGGUGCAUCGCGUACCCGUUCAACGCCAAGCAGCCCACGGACAUGGCCCGGAGGCAGCAGAAGCUCAACAGACAGCAAUUACAGACACUUAAGGAGCGUUUCCAGGCCUUCCUGAAUGGAGAGACACAAAUUGUAGCAGAUGAAGCAUUUUGCAAUGCAGUGAGAAGUUAUUAUGAGGUUUUUCUCAAGAGUGACCGAGUUGCCAGAAUGGUUCACAGUGGAGGAUGCUCUGCAAAUGACUUUAGAGAUGUUUUUAAGAAAAACAUAGAAAAAAGGGUCCGAAGUUUGCCAGAGAUUGAUGGAUUAAGCAAAGAGACAGUGUUAAGCUCUUGGAUAGCCAAAUAUGAUGCCAUAUGCAAGGGAGAAGAGGACUUGUGCAAACAGCCCAAUAGAAUGGCAUUAAGUGCUGUAUCAGAACUUAUUCUGAGCAAAGAACAGCUGUAUGAAAUGUUUCAACAGAUUCUAGGGAUCAAAAAAUUGGAACACCAGUUGAUGUAUAAUGCCUGCCAACUGGAUAAUGCAGAUGAACAAGCAGCUCAGAUCCGACGCGAACUAGAUGGACGUCUACAAAUGGCAGAACAAAUGACAAAGGAAAGAAAAUUUCCAAAGUUUGUAACGAAAGAAAUGGAGAACAUGUUUAUAGAAGAGUUGCGGUCUUCACUGAAUUUGCUAAUGGCAAAUUUGGAAAGUCUUCCAGUGUCUAAAGGUGGCCCAGAAUUUAAAUUGCAGAAGUUAAAGCGAUCACAGAAUUCUGCUUUCUUGGACAUAGGAGAUGAAAAUGAAAUUCAGCUGUCAAAGUCAGAUGUGGUGCUAUCAUUCACAUUAGAGAUUGUUAUAAUGGAAGUGCAAGGUUUAAAGUCAGUAGCUCCCAAUCGGAUUGUUUACUGCACAAUGGAAGUGGAAGGAGGAGAGAAACUUCAGACAGAUCAGGCAGAAGCAUCCAGGCCACAAUGGGGAACUCAAGGGGACUUCACCACUACUCACCCUCGGCCUGUUGUCAAAGUAAAACUCUUUACAGAAAGCACUGGGGUCCUAGCCCUCGAAGAUAAAGAAUUAGGAAGGGUUAUAUUAUAUCCAACAUCCAAUAGCUCAAAGUCACCUGAGUUGCAUAAAAUGAUAGUCCCCAAAAACAGCCAGGACUCUGACUUGAAGAUUAAACUGGCAGUGAGGAUGGAUAAACCACCCCAUAUGAAGCAUUGUGGGUAUUUAUAUGCUCUUGGACAGAAGGUUUGGAAAAGAUGGAAAAAACGCUACUUUGUUCUUGUUCAGGUAAGCCAGUACACAUUUGCAAUGUGCAGUUACAGAGAAAAGAAAUCUGAGCCUCAGGAAUUAAUGCAACUUGAAGGAUACACUGUUGAUUAUACAGCUCCUCACACAGGUCUUCAGGGUGCUCAAAUGUUUUUCAAUGCUGUUAAAGAAGGAGAUACGGUAAUAUUCGCCAGUGAUGAUGACCAGGAUAGAAUACUAUGGGUUCAAGCAAUGUACAGAGCCACAGGCCAGUCAUAUAAACCCAUUCCUGCAAGUCAAGCACAGAAGAUGAAUCCAAAAGGAGGAAAUGUCCACUUGGAAUUAUCACAGCUUUCUGGCAAAGAUGCAGAUCGUGCUCAGAAACAUGGGAUGGAUGAAUUUAUUUCUGCUAAUCCCUGCAAGUUUGACCAUGCUUCCCUCUUUAGACUACUUCAGAGGCAGACCUUGGAUCAUAGAUUGAAUGAUUCCUAUUCUUGUUUGGGUUGGUUUAGUCCAGGCCAAGUCUUCGUAUUAGAUGAAUACUGUGCUCGUUAUGGUGUGAGAGGCUGUCACCGCCAUCUCUGCUACCUUAAUGAAUUGAUGGACCAUUCAGAAAAUGGUGCUGUCAUUGACCCAACCUUGCUCCAUUACAGCUUUGCAUUCUGUGCUUCUCAUGUUCAUGGCAAUAGGCCUGAUGGAAUUGGAACAGUCUCAGUUGAAGAGAAAGAAAGGUUUGAGGAGACUAAAAACCGACUUUCUUCCCUUUUAGAAAACCAGAUAAGCCACUUCAGAUACUGUUUCCCUUUUGGACGUCCUGAAGGAGCUUUAAAAGCCACACUUUCAUUACUUGAAAGGGUUUUAAUGAAAGAUAUUGCCACUCCCAUACCAGCAGAAGAGGUGAAGAAAGUGGUUAGAAAAUGUCUGGAGAAAGCUGCCUUGAUCAAUUACACGCGACUUACAGAAUAUGCCAAAAUAGAAGCAACAGCAGAGAAGGAUCCAGAGACCUUGAAUCAAGCAACUCCUGCUAGAAAGCUGGAAGAGGUUCUUCACCUUGCAGAGCUCUGCAUUGAAGUAUUGCAGCAGAACGAAGAGCAUCAUGCAGAGGCACGAGAGGCUUUUGCUUGGUGGCCAGAUUUAUUAGCUGAACACGCAGAGAAAUUUUGGUCUCUCUUUUCUGUCGAUAUGGAUUCAGCACUGGAGACACAACCUCAAGAUUCCUGGGAUACUUUCCCACUUUUCCAACUGCUAAAUAACUUCCUAAGAAAUGACAUACUUUUGUGCAAUGGAAAGUUUCACAAGCACUUGCAAGAAAUUUUUGUUCCCUUGGUCGUCCGCUAUGUCGAUCUCAUGGAAUCAUCUAUUGCCCAGUCCAUUCAUAGAGGUCUUGAACAAGAGUCCUGGCAGCCUGUCAAAAGCAUCACCAACAGUCUUCCCAAUGUAGCUCUUCCGAAAGUUCCAAGUUUGCCUCUUAAUCUUCCACAGAUACCUAGCUUUUCUGCACCAACUUGGAUGGCUUCUUUAUAUGAUUCCACCAAUGGUUCAGCUACAUCAGAAGAUCUUUUCUGGAAACUUGAUGCACUGCAGAUGUUUGUUUUCGAUCUGCACUGGCCAGAACCAGAAUUUGCCCAUCAUUUAGAGCAAAGACUUAAACUUAUGGCCAGUGAUAUGAUAGAAGCCUGUGUCAAAAGAACAAGAAUUGCAUUUGAACUCAAGCUGCAAAAGACAAACAAAUCAAUGGACUUGCGUAUUCCUGCCUCCGUGUGUACGAUGUUUAACGUUUUAGUUGAUGCCAAAAAGCAAACUGCUAAACUCUGCAUUCUGGAUGGUGGGCAAGAGUUUGCUGGUCAGUGGCAACAAUACCAUUCAAAAAUAGAUGACUUGAUUGAAGAAACUGUUAAAGAAAUUAUUUCACUUCUUGUUUCAAAGUUUGUUUCAGUGCUAGAAGGUGUGCUGUCUAAACUGUCAAGGUAUGAUGAAGGCACAUUCUUCUCAUCAAUACUUUCGUUCACGGUGAAAGCAGCUGCAAAAUAUGUUGAUGUUCCUAAACCAGGAAUGGAUCUAGCAGACACCUACAUUACAUUUGUUCGGCAAAACCAGGAUAUACUUCGAGAAAAGGUCAAUGAGGAAAUAUAUAUAGAAAAGUUGUUUGAUAAAGGGAUGGAUGAUAUAAGUUCAUUGAUGUACUUGAGGCUGUUUGAGCAAUGGUACAGCAGUUCCAUGAAAGUCAUAUGUAUGUGGCUGGCUGAUAGAUUAGACCUUCAGCUUCACGUCUAUCAGCUGAAGACUCUCAUCAAGAUAGUGAAGAAAACCUACCGAGAUUUCAGACUGCAGGGUGUGUUGGAAGGAACACUGAACAGUAAAAUCUAUGAUACCAUUCACAGCCGUCUUACAGUAGAGGAGGCCACAGUCUCAGUCACUGAUGGGGGAGGACUUCAGGGUAUCACCAUGAAAGACAGCGAUGAAGAAGAAGGAUGAUAGUGAGAUAUUUCACCUAGAAGGUCAACACUAAAUGUUUGUUUUGUAACUUGUCCUUGUAUUUGCAUUUAUAGUUUUGCUUUACCUACUGGAGUACCAAAAAUGUAAUUCAUUCCACUUUUUUAAAUCUGAAAGCAGAAUUAUUGGGAGCAAAAGUGCCAAGAAUUUUUUGAGGACAAUGAUUUUAGCAUAUUUCAAUGUAUAGCUUUGCUUAGAACUGUGACAAUGUUGGCAUGGAGUUUGAGUUCCACUUGUGAUUACGUUUCUUUACCUUUUGUUAGAGUUACCAUUUGUUCCUGUAACUCCAUCAAAUGGUGAUGUCCUGUGCAGAAAACAAGAUGUGUGCCUCCAUAAUACACAAUUAUACAGGAAAUCAUUCUUGGACUAAAUCAGUGCCCUUGUUAAAAAAAAACCAGUGUAUUUUCAGGAUUAUACUUGACAUAUUUUUUCUUGUUUUGUACUUAAUUUUUCAUUAUUGUGUGAUGUGUGUUAAAGACUUAAAUCUUGGUUCACAGUGCUUUGAGUUUGGUGUAUAAAUAAGAAGACUCCAGAGACUACAAAAUGCACAUAGACUACUUAGAAGUGUUGUGUCUUAUAUUUCCCUACAUUCAUCUUGCAAGUUUAAGGAUAUCUCAUCACGUUAGAUGUCAGUAAGCUUGCCAUCAGUGUUUCUAUUUCUAUGUGAAAUUUUGCAGGCAAUAAGAACACAUUUUGUCAUGACCGUGUCUGUAUCUAAGUUUGUAUAGAAUUCUAAAAUUAAAAGAUGUUUUCAGUAUUUCAAAUCA